AUGGCUUACAGCCUCAGUGUGGAUGUGGUUGGGUUGAAAGGAUGGGGGAGAUCCCCAGACGGGAAGUUUUUCAAGUACUUCGUCAUUGGAGUUAUGAGGAUCCCGAAGGUUGAUGGUUUGCAUGGUCCCCAUGAUGUUCGAGGCCAUCCGCUCCCUCCUGAAGACUUCGAGCUUGAACCCUCCGUGCAGAUUUCCGAUGAGGAGGCGCCGGCCGAUGAAGUUGUUGAGGGAGAUGGUGUUGCUCCUACAGAUGUAGACCGCGAGAAAAAGCAAUGGGAGGAGCUCCUGGCCUCGUUCAAGGAACCUAUAGCCACGACUACGCUUUAUUUUGCCGUCCCCGUGAACAACAAGAAGGCGGCAACAAUGCUACCCGCUGUCCAGCGAAUAGUGACGGAUGUGAAAGCCCUUGGCUAUCCUGUGACAAGGAUUCACUCGGAUCGUGGAGGCGAAUUCCGAGGGAAUUUGGUGAGAAAGUGGGCGCUAUCGCAAGGAAUGUGGCCUACUACAACUUCAGGAUCCGACUCGGCGGCAAAUGGUGUCGCUGAGUCAGGGGUUCGGUUUUUGAAACGUCGAGCCCGAAUCUUGUUGGACAGUGCGGGAGUUGACAAGGAGAAUUGGCCAACAGCGGUGCAGUACGCGGCCGCACAACAACGGUGUGAUCAACUGGGUACGAUUCCAAUGAUGCCAGUUGCAUACGGCACCCGCGUCUAUGUGAAAACCAAGCGCUACAAGACGGGCGCGGUUGAGGACUUUGGUCCGCAUUGGACCCGAGGGCGGUAUGUUGGACCGUCUACGGACAUCAGAGGUGGACACGUGAUUCUCAAGGACUCCGGCAGGUUCAUACAGACCACCCAUGUCAGAGUAACACAGGAUCCAACUCCAUUGGAGGAGGUGGCGCCUACUGUGAUUGUUGAGCCGGAGCCUGCCAAGGAAUAUCCUGAUGGUGAACCUCCUUUACCACCACCCUUGCUGCCGCCACCGACCCGCAGAGUGCGAGUUAAGACCCCGGUAGCCUCGAAGUUGGAUGGUUUCUUCCCGGAGUGUGAGGUGCUGUAUGAUGUACCCAAGGAAGAGCUGUGCUUUGAGGAGGAGGACGGACUGCAGACCAAGUAUCUACGGGUUGGUGAGCGUCAGUAUGUGGAGGCCAUUGCGCGGCAGUUCUGUCAGGAGGAGGAUUACUCGGAGGAAAGGGAGACGUGGCCUUCUUUGGAGUACUCGUGGACCACGCUGGCGAUUCAGUCGGCGGAGGAGAUCCCAAAACAUCGGGACAGCCACAAUGAGCGCGGCACCUACAACUACGUCAAAGAGCUCAAGACCGGGUCUCUAGAGGGACUUUGGGUGCAAAACCGUGAUGAUGAGCGACAAGUGGUUGGUGGCACCGAUGCCGAGGACUACCAGUACGAGGAAGCGGAUGGUCGAAAAUAUGAGGGGUGCUUGGUCGAUGUCAAGUCCAAGCCGGCGGUGUUUGACCCGUUGGUCCCCCAUGCCUAUGUCAAGAGUGAUGGUGUAAAAUGGUUCUUGUCCGCAUACACACCGCAGGGGGCCUACAAGCUCAACCCAGUCGACAAAGCGUACUUGAAGGAUGUUGGAUUCCCUCUACCGCAGCCUGAAGUUCCUCUUCAUGAUGUUAGCAGGGCUCUGGAAACCAGACCGGGGCUCAGGACGGCAUCCUUGCCGUCUGAGACGUUGCAGAGCGGAGCUCGUGAUGGAGGUGAUGAUGUGGACGCUGUUACUGCAGGUGGCUGCGAAGCGACUUUGCGGGACUGGGCUAUGUAUGUGGAAGCGCUGCCUCAGGAGGAGGAUGGGAUCGAGAAGUCCUAUGGGCCGGUGUCUCUAUGUAGGGUCUGUGCAUCUGAUGAUCCCGGUGUUGAGCUGGGACCUUUGACCCGCGCUAUCGACACGUUGUGCGGGGAGGAGGAGAACCUGAUGUACUACAACGACAUGGAACAAAACGUUGAGCAUUGGGCCUCUAUGGGUCUGUACUCUCAGCCUCGUGUGGCCAAGAUGGAACCAGAGUAUGUGGAGGGCAUUGAGGACAUCAUCGGCAAGGCCUGUGAAACACGUGAGGCGAAGGCGGUCAUCCAGAAAUGGAAGGCACCGAUUGCCAAGGAGCUAGGAGUUGUGGAAAAAGGGCUCAAGAAGAUUACUGCGGAUGAAGUUUCGGCUUUGAGGAGUCGGUACGUGGUGCAGGAGCUACCAUCGAAGCUUGUGUACACCGUGAAGCCUCCCUCCGGAGAAGAGCAGGGCCCCGAGAAUGAGCUUUCAUAUUGCCGGCGCAAGGCCCGCAUUGUUUGCUGCGGCAACUACGCCGCAGAAGACCAAGGCGAACUCUUCGCAGGAGGAGCAGCAGCUGAAAGCCUUAGGUGCACCCUGACUUACACGGCUCGACGCCGAUGGAGGGCCGGCAUCACCGACAUCACGGGAGCAUUUAUGCUGACUCCGCUUCCAGCGGGUCCUGAGGAGGUGAUCUACAUCAUCCGGCCUCCAGCUGCAUUGGUGCAGCUAGGACUUGCUGACCCCAGUGAGCGCUGGCAGCUCACUCAUGGGAUGUAUGGCUUGAGACAGAUGAUCAUCAACUACCACGAGAGCCCGAAGGUGUGGAAGGCGUCGGCUCUAGAAGUCUUGGAUGGGCACCAUGAGAUACGGUUUCUUGGGUGCGAGAUUGCAGUAAGCGAGGACUACGAUGCGAUCUAUGUCCACCAACGGCCCUACAUCGAGGAGAUCUUGAGGCACCAUGCUUCAGAGACCGAUCAGUCUCCCAUCCAGGCCCCGAAGGAGAUGGUUACGUUUGAGGCACAUGAUGGAGAAGAACAAGGCACCGAAGAUGAUGUAAGGCAGGCCCAACGGGCCUGCGGCGAGCUAUUGUGGAUAGCUCAGAGGAUCCGUCCUGACAUUUGCUACGUGGUCUGUGCUAUGGGCUCGCUCCUCACAAGAGCUGCUCCCCGAUGUCUGGCAAUUGCGCGGAGGCUACGGUCAUACCUACAGAGGACCAAAAACUUGGCUUUGACUUUGAGACCUUCGAACAGCGACUUCGCCAUUUACACGGACAGCUCGUUCGCCCCAGGGGGGAAAAAGCCAUUCGGGCCUUGUGGCCGUAUGGCUAGGAGCACCGGUAUGUUGGAGGUCGGCAAGGCAGCCAUUUACGUGCCUAUCGACGGCAGAAUGCGAGAUGUGGGCAAGAUCUACCUACGAGUGGACAACCAGGCAGCCAUUAGCCUGGCUCGACCGAGCUCAUCAUCCUCGUGGCGAACGCGCCACUUGCGGGUGCGAGCAUCCUACAUACAUGAGCAGGUUGUAAGCGACCAGGUGGCCGUGGUUUACGAGCCGGGAAAAAGCCAAUGGGCGGACCUCUUGACGAAGUCCUUCCCACGCCAGCGGCUUGAGGAGUUGAUGAGCCCCAAAGAUGUGGUUGCUGAGAUGUCCAAGGUUGCUGUGGUCAGGAUGCUGGUUGCCUGUAUGAUGGUUCAGACAGCACGGGCCCAGGAGGAGGAUCCCCUUGCUCUCGCAAUGUCCCUGGAGCUCUACAUUAUGGUGGUGUUGCUGGGUGGCACUGUGGUGGCGGUUUGGGAACUUUUGUGGUGGUGUGUUGAUCACCCAGAUGUCUGGGCGAUCUUCGGCCGCAUCUCAUGGAAGCACGACUACUUCCUCACCAUCGGUGGCGAGGACUCCUACUGCGGCCCGGUCUACGACGAGGACGUCUACGCCUCCGAGACCUACGGCGAGAACACCCACGGCUUCACCGUCUACAGCAGGGACGCCCGCGCGCCCACCAGGACCAAUUACAAGUACAAUGCCCUCAACUCCGUUACCGAUGACUUCUUCGAUGAGUUCAGGUACCAGUGCCAGUACCUGAUCCACAAGCCUGGACGUAUCCUCUUUACGUGCCUCGUUGACGUGAGCGCACAUGCUUGGAAGCUCGCGCGGCAACUCAACCUCGACCACCACGAGGUGAAGUUUGCGCUUGACACGCUCCAGAGUGCUGCGUGGUCCGAGAAGAACGGAGGCAUGGACCUCUCGACGUUCCGAGGAUGCCUUCUCAAAAUCUUCGACAGAGAGGACAUCUCGGACGGUGUUCUGCACGCCGCCUACGAGGACUGUGGUGUGGGGGAUGGCCCUGUCGAGCCGCGACGAUUCGUGUCCUGGUACCGCGACCAUCUUUUCUCCUUGGGCUGUGAAGGAGGUAGCCGCUUGACACUGGACCUGGCGAAGAAGCACCAUUGCUCUUGCAUGGACCUUGACAGAGUCAAGACGAAGUUCGAUCACUUCGACACCGACAAGUCUGGCGUCAUUGAGUAUCCAGAGUUUGAGAAGAUGAUCUUCUCGCUGCUGCACUGUUCGAAGAACGACCUUCCCGAGUGUCGGAUGCAGCGAUUCUGGCAUGAGCUGGACCAGGACGGCAAUGGCGUGGUCGACUUUCAGGAGUUUACGGAGUGGUAUUUGAAGUAUUUCGCUUUGGCCCAGCUCGGGGGUCCCAUCGAGGCUUUCUAUGCCUCCUUCUCGCCGGACGUGCAGCGUGCUUCCAACCUGGAAGCCGUCCAUCUGGCUGCCGUAGAGAAGGAGGCCAACUCACGGCCGACGACGCCCACGGGGAUGUCGUCAGUAGCCGGCCGACAGCCAUCCUAUGGCCGGUCGCGCUCGACCGGGUCUUUGAGGCGUCGUACCACCGUGUGCUGA